AUGCUAAUUUACACAAGUUCAAUAUAUCUGUAAUUUUCAAUAAAAAAUACAAUUUUUCUGGUGGAAGUGGGAAUGUAGCAAUAAACUUAGUUAUAGUACAUAAUCAUAAAUUCAUUUUCAUUGCUAAUAGCUGUGUUAUUAUUUGGAAUGGAAUUAUUUAAAAAAUAACCUAUCUAUAUUAAUCGAGUGGGUGCCUUAAUAUUAUGCUUACUAAAUGUUGAAUUAGUGUAUUAAGAGAUUUCAUAAAUAAAUACCAUCCAGUUGGUAAUAUUCAUUGUUAUAUUAAUUACAUAAUAUGAAGAUGAAGAAAGAUGGCAUAAAAUUGCAAAACACUCUAUAAUAUUUUAUAUAUUUUUGAGGACACUUUUACAAUACAAAGACUUGUUUAACAUAACUUAAUUACUGACAUAUGUAUUAUGGUAACCAAUUAAUCAUUGGAUGUUGCACUAUAAGAAUUUAUUGAAAAUAAAUCAAUUAAAGAAAUAAUCGCUUGAUUUGAGUAAAUGUCAAAUUGAACUGACACCGCAAUUAUGUAAAGAUUCUUCAGAAUAGGAAGAAUUAUGCAGCAGUAAUUUUUAGAGAAGUUCAAAAUUAUCAUAAAAUAUAAAGCAAUUAAAAUAACUAUAUAUGAAUAAUCCAUUUUCUCAGAUGGCAGAUUUAGAUUAGAAAACAUUUUCUUAAUUUUAAAAAUAAACAUCGACUUUAGAUGUUCCGUAAAUUUGGAAUUUGUUGCCUUUUGGUAUUGCUCUUAUCAACAGUAAGUUUGAAAUAUUGACAUAUAAUUAAAAAUUAUUAUAUUUUUUAAAAGUGUCAGAUAAUGAUGGAAGAAAUAUCAUAUUAAAUUUGGAUUUAUUAUUAGAAAGGUAUAUUCAAUUAAAAUAAUAAGUCCUGAAUCAUGGGAGAGUAAAUCCGUAAAUUAAUUUAGCUCACAUUGUAGCAAUCGUUAAAGCAGGAGAUUUCAAACAAAAAGAUAAUUGUCCAUAAUUUCCAAAAGCAAUCAUGAAUAAAAUCCAGAUGGUGGAAAUAAUUCUUAAAUUAAUGCAAAUUUUGCCUUUAUACCCAAUACUAACAAUUAGAUUAGAGAUGAGAUUCUUACAACAAAGUCUAGAUAUCGAAAUCUAGAUUAGUUACUUAAGAAAUUUGCAUUAAAAUCCUAUUCAUUAACUAAUAAUGGAGAUUGUUCAUUUCAAUCUAUAGGUCAAAAUAUCUAAAUUAUAAAGAAAGUAUAAGAUAUAGAUUCUAAGAAAUAUCAUUUUAGAAUUAAAGUAUAUGAAUUAGACACUAUAGGAAAUAAAAUAAAUUAUUUAUUUGUGAUAGAGAAUAUAACAAAUAAGGAAGAAUUGCGCUAAUUAAGUGUAAGAUACAAAUUUUAAUAAGUUUUGCUAAAUUCUUUAUGUCAUGAAUUAAGAACACCAAUGAAUAGUACCUUAUCUUAAUUGAAUGCAUUAACAUCAUUAAUUUCACCUUAAAUUAGAGAUAAACAUCUUAUACCUGCCAUAAUCUCAGCCAAAAAAUUAAUGUUUUAAUUAAAUGAUAUUUUGGACUUUGCAUAAAUAGAUUGUAAGAAUUUUCAUUUAGUGAAUUCAUAAUUUGAACUAAAUGAAAUAUUUGAAAUAUUAAGAGAACUUUUUGAAUAGGAAUGCAAAGAGAAAAACCUUAGAUUUGUUCUAAAUUAUUAAAAUAUUAAAGAUAAUUAAAAUAUUUAUAGUGAUAAGGAACGAAUAGUAAGGAUAUUAGUAAAUUUAAUAGAUAAUUCAAUUAAAUUUACAAAUGAAGGUGGAAUAAUAACAGUUACAGUCUAACAAGAAAAUUAAUAUAUUCUCUUUUGUGUUUUGGAUGAUGGAGUUGGUAUUUCUGAUAAAACCUUAACAAGUAUUAGAAGUAAUAAAGAUUUUCAAAUGUAAGAUUAAUAUAAUUAAAAUGAAACAAAACUUGGUUUAGGUUUAAAAAUAUCUUAAUAAAUUGCCAAAUUUCUAUGUGUUGAUAAAGAACUCAAAUUUGAAAGCAAAGAAAAAUAAUUUACUAAAAUUUCAUUUAAAAUAGAAUCUAAUUCUAAAUAAUUAAAACAUUUAAAAUUACCAUCAUUUUAAGGUUGUAAUUUUAAUAUUAAUUGUGAUUGCAUCUAAAUCUUAAAUGUUGAUGAUGUCAGAUUUAAUCAUAGUGCCAUGGAAGCUCUCUUUUGUCAACAUAAAAUUAAAAUGGAAAGUGCAUAUAAUGGAGAAUAAGCAAUACAAAUGAUUAAAAGAAGAUUAGACUAAAAUUGUUGUAAGACAUAUAAAUUAAUAUUCAUGGAUAUUGAAAUGCCAAUAAUAAAUGGAUAUUAAGCUUCAAAAGAAGUAAUUUAAAUUAUAAUAAUUUAGAUAACAGCCAUAUUAACUAAAUUUAACCUUACAGACUAAACUGUUAUUGUAAUGUGUUCAGCUUAUGAUGGAUAUGAAAAUAGUAAUUAAGCAAAGGCUUGUGGAAUUAAAGAAGUAUUACCAAAGCCUAUUGAAUAAAAAUAACUCAAACAAUUACUUGACAAAUAUUUAUUAUGA